ACGGUAACAGCCGGGAAAGCUCGAAGAAGAAGAAGACGAAGAAAAGUUUAGGGAAGAGCAGGAGGGAGGGGACUCCAGAGAGAAAGUGUAGUAAUCCAACAGCGAGCAUGACCGACGCCGAGGCGCAGAGCGCUCCACCAUCGGCACCUGUGGAGGAGAACCCCCAGCCGGAGAGGAAAGUCAUAGCCACCUUGGUCCAAGGCACAGUGAAGUGGUUCAAUGUGCGUAAUGGAUAUGGCUUCAUAAACAGGAAUGACACCAAAGAAGAUGUAUUUGUUCAUCAGACUGCUAUCAAGAAGAACAAUCCUAGGAAAUUCCUCCGCAGUGUUGGAGACGGGGAGGUCGUAGAGUUUGACGUGAUUGAAGCAGCCAAGCCGCAGGGCUCGGAAGCAGCCAAUGUAACCGGUCCGGGAGGAGUUCCAGUCAAAGGCAGCCGCUACGCUCCCAACAAACGGCGCUUCCGUCGACGGUUCUUCCCCCGCAGCCCGAGGCCUGGUGACGAGGGCAAACAGGCCGAUGGCCAGUCCUCCGCCGUGGAGGGGGAGGGGUCCGGAGAGAACGACGGCAUGAGGCAGCAGCGCCGCCGCCGGCCCCGCAGACCGCGGCAGGAUGCACAAGAUAGUGAGGCUGGAGAGCAAAAAGACGGAGUGGCAGAAGGCGAUCCAAAACAGCGACCGCAACAGCGGAGAUUUUGGCGUCCGUACCGAAGACCUUUCCGUCCUCGCCCACCUACUGAUCAGGCUGAAGGCGAGCAGCAGGAAGCUCCAGAAGAGAUGAAGGAUCAAGGCGAAGUGAAGCAGACGGAGGCCUCUGAGGGCCCCCAGACCAACGGGGACGCUGAGGGCCAGAAACAACAACGGCGCCAGACGAGACGGCGCAGGCAAAGGAACUCCGAGUCCUCUACCUCAAAAAACGAUACAGAGAAGUCUGCAUCAGAGCCUGGUACCCCCCCUCCCACCUCAAAACCAGAUGACCUUAAAUCUGCAUCAAAAACACCAAAGUCUGCCGCCAAAACCUCUCCUAAAACGCCAAAAACACCAGAGAUAUCUGAGGUGUCUCCUUCCUCACAGCAGGCAGCUGCCACAACAGUCCCUGUCCCCAGAGAGUGACGCUAGUGAGAGGACAGUCUCGUGACCCUUGAUCCUAGGGUUUGGAGGACUGGAUCUAUUUCAGAACACAUGCACUGCUCUCCCCUCCCUGCACCCCCCCAAUCCUCCAACCCACCGCGUCUCGCUGUCUUCCAUUCGGAGAGGGGGAUAAGGUCGGGAAGAAGGGGAUACUGGUGGGUGGUGGAUGCAUAUUAGGAAAUUCAAAGGACAUCUUUAAGAAGAAAAUGGGAAAGAAUGGACAAUCUGCUUGGUAGCCCAGUUAUUCCAACCCCCCCUUAAUAAAAACAAUUUUCUUUAAUUGCCUAGAUGGGACUCAUCAAGUAACUACAAGGCUGGUUCCUCUAUAAACUUAUAGAGGAACCAGCCUUGAUUUUUAUUUAACUUUUUUUAAAUUUGGUUGAAGAGGGGAAAACCAAGCAGGUGUCAGGUUGGUGGUGCAUUAUGGGAGUCAGUUUAGUUCUGUUACCACCUCAAUCGGUUCUUAAAACAUACUACUCCCUUCAUCUCCUCGGUCGAGGAUAGAUUGACUAAAAGAAACUUUAUUUUGUUUUCGUUUUACUUAUUUGUGUGUGCUUUUCUUUGGAGGGGAUUAUGUGCAAUGUCAGUAGUUAAAAUGCUAAUUAAUAAAUCAUGUUUGCAAAUCUCA